CUUGACGCUUGGUUCAGUCGACAUCAAACCCGACACCUCAGCACUAUGGUCGUCGGUGUUGAUAUGCUCUUGAAUGCGACUGUGAACGUCACCGUGAAUGGGGUGGUGAUGGCGAUGACAUGGCAAGAACUCACCAAGGCCUUGUCCUCGUCGACUGAAAGCGUCGCGGCCACGACCAUCGCCACCGCGCUCGACCUGUUUUGGCUUCUCUUUGGGGGCAUGAUGAUCUUCUUCAUGAUCUUGGGCUUUGCGUUGCUCGAAAUAGGGUGCUGCCACGUCAAAAACACCAAACACAUUCUGUUUCGCAACCUCAUGGACCUAUGCAUCACGGGGGUCACAUUUUACGCGGUUGGGUACGGCAUUGCCUUCUCGGACGGCGACGCGUUCAUUGGGCACUCGCGGUUCUUCCUCCAAGGACCGCAGUUCCAAACCGACGACAUCGCGACCUUCAACGGCCGCCACUACGCCGACUGGUUCUUCCAGUGGGCUGUGGCGGCGGUCUGCGUGACCAUCUUCUCGGGCGCGGUCGCUGAACGCAUCACUUUGCACGCGUACUUUUUGUACUCGUUGCUCAUGGGUGCCUUCUUUUACCCCGUGGCGGCACACUGGAUUUGGUCCACCACUGGGUGGGCCAGCGUGCUCGCGCCCAAGUCGGCGCUUCUCUUUGGCGUCGGCGCCAUUGACUUCGCCGGCUGCGGCUGCAUCCACAUGGUGGGGGGCAUGUCCGCGUUGGUGGGGUGUCUCGUCGUUGGCCCCCGCACCGGUCGGUUCAAAUCGGAUGGUGCCGCCAAUGAAAUGCCAAAGCAGUCGGUCAUGUACCAAUGCAUGGGCACGUUGGUGCUGUGGUUUGGCUGGUACGGGUUCAACUGCGUGUCGACGCUCAGUCUGUCGGGCACGAUGGGGCACGUCAUGGCCAAGGUCGCGGUGAACCUGACGCUGGCGGCGUGCACGGGGGGGAUCUUGACGGUGUUGUUGGACAAGCUGGUCGGGUCCAAGUCGUGGGAUCCGUGCAUGGGCAACAACGGGAUUUUGGCCGGUUGUGUGUCCAUCACUGGCAGCUGCUCCGUGAUCGAGCCGGAAGGCGCGGUCGCGCUAGGGGCGAUCGCCGCCGUGUUGUACCUAGCACUGUCCAAACUCGUAGUCAAGUGCGGCAUCGACGACGUCGUCGACGCCAUCCCCGUGCACUUGGGCUGCGGCACUUUAGGUGCCCUGGCGCCCGGCUUGUUUGCGUCGUCCAAGGGCGUGGCGAUGUAUGUUGGCACGGGAUCGUGCGGCAUCUUUUACAAGUGCAACGGACUGCAAGGCAGCCAAUUGGCCGCUCAAGUCGUGUAUGUGCUGGCAAUUCUGGCGUGGGUUGGCGCGUUUUGCACGGCGCUGUUUGUGUCCCUGAAGAAGCUGCACUUGCUGCGGCCAGAUACCACAGUUGAAGUGGUGGGCUUGGAUGUCAUGGAACAUGGGGGCCCAGCGUACGACGACGGCAAGGACACCCACGUCACGCAAACCAAGGUACAACCGACGAACUACCCCACCAAAGAAGCGAAGGCGGAGUCUGUCAAGACCCGUGAAAUCAUUGACGACGACGACGACGACUUGCACGAGACUCGCACCAUGGCAACUACGUCGCCAAAACCCACGGACACCAUCGACAUUGACGUUCGUAGCACCGACGAAGUGCUGCCUGGCACGUCUUUUGACUAGAAAGCUGAAUCGUUUUGGUCAUUCUCAAAUAUAUAUAUAUAUAUACAUACCUUCAUAAAUAAUACACAUACCUCCUU